AUGAAUACAUACACACAGGAAGAAAUACCAGUGAGACCAAUCACGGUAUGUAAUGAUGGGCCAACAAUGAAUAUCGUUCGCUAUAUAACUCCACUUCUAUGGUCAAUAUUUGAUCAGGCAACCAAUUGUAGACGAUUUCAGAACGGUUCUAUUGAUGUUAUACAUGGUAUUGAAAAGUAUGCACAAAUGGGUCAUCUUAAACCUGGUACUCUCUUCGUAACAUUUAAUAUGGAUGAUUUGACGACAAGUUUUUUACAUGAUCAAACAAUGUCAACCUUACAACGUUUACUUAUCGAACAAUUACAAGAUAAGACAAUUGAUGGUCUUACUAUUGAUAUUAUUUUGCAAUUGGUUCAUCUUGUAUUAAAAAAUCAAUUUUGUGUUUAUAAUAAUGGAUUGUAUCAACAAAUUCAUGGUGGUGCUUCUGGUUUACCAUUGACAAUGCUAUUGACCUAUGUUAAUUUAUUUUAUGGACAAGAUAGUGAGUUAAUGAAAACGAUAAAAGAAAAAGAUGAAUUUUUUGGCAGAUAUCGAGAACAAGCAAUUUUAACAUGGCAUGGAUCUAAAGAUGAAUUUUGUACAUUAAUCAAGAAAAGUAUUCAUGUCGAACAUACUCGACAUCUCGUGACGAUGUCCAUUGGAUCAACAGUUCAUUUUCAUGAUAUCGAAAUUAGUCAUAACAAUAAUGAUGUUCUCGAAAGUAAAGUUUAUUAUGAUCCAAAUAUUGAUACUCUACCAAAUGUAUCCGAUGAACCAAUGGAAAAUAAAUCAAAACAAUUAUAUGCUGUUUUAUAUCGAGCUGUUCGAUGUUGUUCGAAUGUCAUGAAAUUCCAUCAUGAACGACGUCAUAUUCAACUCGGAUUUCUUGCACAUGGUUCUACAUCGGAAUUUAUUCAGUCCGGUAUUGAACAUUUUUUUUUAGAAUUUGGUCUAUCAAAAGGUUCCUUUUCAUGUCUUCUGAAUGAAGAUGAAUAUCGUCAAUUACGUCAACGUAUUAUUCAAGUCACUGAACUACAAAUGGAACUGAAACAAAAACAUGAACAACAAAAUCAACAUACACUAUUUAUUUCAUGUCCAAAAUCGAUAGAUCAUAAACAACUAGCUGAUUAUAAAAAACGCAUCAUAGAGUGGUGGAAGAAAUAUUAUGGUAAUGAACCACAAACAAAACAUAUUCAGAUCAAAUGGGUAGAAUCAACAUCGAAGAAUCUCACCAAUUGUGAUAUUCUCGUUAAUAAACGACCACCUAUUCAUCUUUUGACUUUAUCAAAAAAUGAAAAAGAAUAA